ACGCGCACCGCUCAUUUGGCAAAGUUUGAGGCGCCGACUUUCCAACUCAUUUCAGACGCGUCAGAUAGAAACGGGUAAAAUAUGCGGGAUAUUUCCCACUGACUGAACAGAAUUUAUUCCCUCCUCAGUGAUAAGAAGCUGGGCGCCUGCGAUCUUUUAUCUGGCCAUGAACGGAGCUAUAUUAUCCUCCACCUGCACUCAGUUGUUUCGGAGUUGAACUGGGUGUCUGUGCGCACAACUUUCCAACAGCCGAGUGGUUUGGACUCUGUGGCGUAACAGGGUACACCGUGUGCGUGGGUCAGCUGACAAGUGGGAGAAUGAAAUCUGGAGUUUUCCAUUGACUAAGACUUUGUUUUAUUCUAAAACACUUCAGAAAAUAACCUAACUAGAAAGUGGGAAGGCCAUUUUAAAGGACAUUUUCACUGCAUUACUGCUGGAGUUUGUUGGUGCCAUGAGUGGACCAGUGGUUUUCCAGAUGUGGAUGCUUUUAUUAUUGGGGACUACAAGUGAAGUCGUCAAGGCUCACGUCUCCCCAGCUCAAGUGAUCAGGAGGAACGUGAGGAGCGAUGACAGCAAUCACCUCACAACAGACUUGUACCGCAAAGAGGAAACCAUCAGUGUAACGCCAUUGGGUGGAAUAAUCCACAGCCCACGCUACCCCAACGCUUAUCCUCGCUGCCUGCUGUUGUCAUGGAAACUGCUGUCUCCGCCAGGAACUCGCAUACACCUGGAGUUUGACAGACACUUCAACUUGGAGGAGGGUGAAAAUGGAGUUUGCAGGUAUGACUUUAUUGAAGUGGAGGACCAAUCAGAGACCUCAACUAUAAUUUGGGGUCGCUGGUGUGGGGAGAGAGCACCGCCCACCGUCAUCUCCAAAACCAAUGCACUCAAAGUCACCUUCAAGUCUGAUGACUACUUUGUUGCAAAGCCUGGAUUCAAGAUCUACUACACCAUGAUGCAUGACCCUCCUCAUUCUCAAUCUAAAACCAACUGGGAGCCUGUCACUCUGUCUUCGCCGCACGAGUUGGCGUAUGAUGAGGGUGGGGUGCCAGAAGCAGUCACAGAGGCUCCUCUGUCACUGGAGGAUCUGGACCAGACCAUAGCAAUCUUUGACACUAUAGAGGACCUCCUCAAGACCCUGAACCCAGACACAUGGAAACAGGACUUGGACAACAUUUACACACAACCAUACAUACAGUAUAGAUCAAGAGCAUAUCAUCUGAUGAGCAGACACAAUAAAGUUGAUCUAAACCGUCUCUAUGACGAUGUCAAGCGCUACAGCUGUACGCCUCGCAACUAUUCUGUAAACCUCCGAGAGGAGCUGAGGGUCACCAACGCUGUGUUCUUCCCUCGCUGUCUGCUGGUCAAACGCUGUGGAGGCAACUGUGGCUGUGGCACCGAUAACUGGAACAGCGGCUGCACCUGUCAGGCAGCUAAGACGACACUCAAGCUCCAUGAGGUGCUGAAGUACGCUCCGGAGGCCAAUCUGUCUCAGCGCCAUCGGAGGCCAAAGGUGCGCUGGGUCAUAGAUGAAGUCUUCCUCACACACCAUGAAAAGUGUGAGUGCGCGUGUCCAUCCCAGCCCCCCCGCUGAGACACUCAGACAGAUGUAUAAAUCUGAGACUGUUUACCAUCUUUUAUCCAUUUUGCAACAGACUUCAUAACAUAACAGCAACGCAAACAAAUAUGCAGCAAAGAAGAAAGCACCAAUUAUGCGACAGACAACCAACAACUUGUUCAUAUAAAAUGACUUUUUUUCUUGCCUAAAGCCUUCCUCAGUUUGUUAAGUACUUUUAAAUACACAAAUGGGUUACAAUUCAACAGCUAACAUGUGCAUCUCAAAGUGUUAAAAUUUCCCAAAGACAUUUUGUACAGUACAGUAUGUUCUGACUGAUUUUAACUUGUGUUUUACUAGGUUUUUUGUCUCGAUUUGAGGCAGAUCUUCCAGGUGCACGCUGAGAUGAAUGAGUGUGAGACAGAAGGAAGGUGGGGGAUGGGCUGAAGGAAGUAUAAACCAAAAUAACACUUUAUCUUGAUGUGCAAUUAGGCUAACCUCAACUCUUCAGAUUUUUUGCAAACUAUCACACUCAGCUGCUAAUACACACAUACACACCAUGAUUUCCACUCCUACCUAAUGGCACCAAGUAUAGUUAUUACUUCAUCAGUUUGUGAAUGCCAGAUAUUCACUGCCCUGUUUUUCUACAAAGCGGUUCCAUGUUUUGCACACAUUCCUACGUGCAAAUCUUCACGCUUCCCUUUGUCUGUCCCACUAUACAUACGCUUUUCUUUGUCUCUCACAAACUGUGUGUACUCUCUCACUCUAUUCAUUGCACUCUAAUACAUCAAACGAGGUGUCAUAUAAGGCCGCUGUGCUCUGCCCGCUUUUCUGAGCGUUCCUGGCAUUCCAUCUGCUAACCGGAAUUCUGCUAACAUGGAUAAAACUGUGAUCUUCAGACCUUAAAGGCAUAGCAGAGGAAGGAGACAGAGAUACUCAGGAAGAGAGAGGGGUGGGAGUUUUUAAAGGGAAAAGGGUAUAAAACCUCCUCAAUUCACUGUUUCAGUCAGCCUGUUCAUGUUUCCAGCUCACCUGCUCACAUGUAUCACAAUCUAACCCACUGUCCUGCCAGUUUAAAGCAGCACCACAGUGAAAAACAGAUCUGUGGGAAUUAGAGUAAUGUUUUAGUGCUGUUUCCUUCUCUCCUGAUGCUUAGAGAGGCAGAAUGUAAGUGAGUGCCAGUCUGGCUGUUGCAGCUCAGGAAGCGGUCCUUUUGUUUAAGGGGUGGAGGGUUAGUCGCAGUCUGUGAGAGCUGGCAGCAGAUACAAGCAUGUGAAUAAGUCAGCAUGUCACCGCGGGUGCAAGUCUGAGCCUGUGAUUGUUUGUGUGUAUGCAGAUAGGUAGAGUUUCACGGCUACACAGCGUAAAGUCAGUUAUCAUUUUCAUACACAUGACCAGGCAGCGAGAAAUAAAGACACUGUCAUCUUUCAUCUUUUGAUCCUUGCCUCCCAUGUGUCCCAACAUCUCACGAUCACUUACAGGCUGGGUUUACACAGAGAAAAUGGGAUUUUACACACUUCUUUUGUUCUGAAGACAGACAAGGAAUAUAUCUGGGCACUGAGACGAUGCUUUGGUCACAGUGAAACCCGAUCAUCUGUGUGCCGACAGCGCUUUCAUGUUCUGCAUGUGUGUACUGUAAGUCAUGGAUGUUAUUUCAGCAGAUGUGGGAUACAAAGCGCUUUUACAUCGAUGCAAGUGUGUCGGGUUAUGUGGCAGUCGCAUUCCAAGUGGUUCAUCCCUUCCAUACACACAUGCACAGUCGCUUUUGGUCAUAGUUCAUCAAAGACUGCAGCUUCAUUUAGCAGUAAAGAACCUUCUCAACUAGGCUUGUUUUCUCUGUUCUCUUUAGGGUUUUAUUUCAUUCCCGUGUUGCAAUUUGAAAGACAAAGAUAAACACAAACCCCCUCAAAGUGGGUGAUUUGUUUUAAACUCAGAGAGGGUGGUUGGCAGGUAAAUUACCCUGUAUUUUCAGAAGCUAACGAGCCAGAUGGCAAUUAGGUAAUGCGUCAUUGUACAAGAUGCGUUUUCUGCAAAAUGUAUCAGUACUGUACGACUGCAUAUGAGCUGAAAUCUGCUGCACACAGGAGCUGUUUUGUUAGUGUAAAAUGUAUGCGUUGAUGUAUCGUAUGUGUGCGUGCAUCCUGAGUCCACCAAUUUGUCGGUGUUAUCAGCACAUUCCAUUGUUGUGGGCUACAAAGUGACAUUCCUCUUUUUCCUCAUAACUGUUUUGUUUUUCACUUCCACUUCUCUACAAAAGAACCGCAACGUCAGAUACUUAAACCUGUUAUCUGAACAUUUCUUGGUUUAUUCUAGAUUCGCUUUCAGUACGCUUUAGUCCAUUUAACAACAAAAAAACUGUUGUGCCGUCAUUAAAGUCAGAGCAAAGUUGGGAUGUUUGUCAGAGCAAAAAUUGUCCAACUGCUUUUGCUGUAUACAAAAAAAAAUAUUCAUGAUAAAACUGAAUGCUUUCCCUGAAUAAUUUAUUGUCUUUUUGUUGUUUUAUUAAAAAUAUCAGCUGGUUGGUUUUGAUAAAUAAAGUAUUUCUAGCA